CAGCAGGCUCCUUUUGCCAUGGCUCGGCUCUGAAUCUUUUUCAUUUACUCACCUCGAUAACUCUGUCACGGCAACCUGCGCAACUCCAGGGCGAGCAACCGCAGUGAACCCUGGUGACCCGUCUCAACGUCGGAGCAUAUCAUAGCAGCCAUUUCGAACCGACCAAUCGACAGCAGCGAAAAUGUCCGCGCAGAACGAGUCCGCCGCUUGGCCCAAGGCCGAAGACCCCGCGCUGGUGCAGGAGCUGCUGGACUGUGUGCAGCAGGCCAGCCACCUGCGCCAGCUCAAGAAGGGCGCUAACGAGGCGACCAAGUCGAUCAACCGCGGCACCAGCGAGCUGGUCAUCCUCGCCGCCGAUACGCAGCCAUUGAGCAUCGUGCUCCACAUCCCCCUCAUCAGCGAAGAGAAGAACGUGCCCUACGUGUACGUCCCGAGCAAGGUGGCCCUGGGCCGCGCCUGUGGCGUCUCUAGGCCCGUCAUCGCCGUUUCGCUCACGUCGAACGAGUCCUCGUCCCUCCAGCCCAAGAUUCGGGCGCUGCGCGACAAGGUGGAGCGCCUCGCCAUGUAAAGAGCCGAUGUUUGAGGGAGGAGGGUCGCUUCGGAAGACGGACGGACUGGGGUUGUCGGGCGUGGCGAGGCCGGUAGCACGCUAGCGCACAGUGUGCUCAAC